AUGGCCAUGAAAUCCAACGAUGGCGGUGGGCCAGCAGCUCCGUCGCCCGCCUUCGUGGAUACCGUCGCCAAAAUCAUGAGGCUCUACAGAUCCCUCCCGUCGAGGCCUUCUAUAGACGAAGUGGAGGCCGCCGUCGCCGUAGUCAAGUCCAUCCAAAACGAAGAGCAAGCGAAGCUAGAAGAAAUCUCCAAACACCAGCGCCCGCCAGAUGUGCCAGAGGAGCUCUUCGCGCUGCUGCAGCAAGUGAGGAGGACAGUGGCUGUUCACCAGUGCCGUGAGCAUAGCAGAGAGGCGGCUCGGUUGGUGGAACUCGACGAGAUGUUCGAGAUGCUCGGUGGGUUGAUCCAGCGAGCUUCUUUGCUUGUCUCUGGCGAUUCCCAGGUGGAGAAAUCAGCCGGAUUCGACGACCCAGUUGCCAAAAUUGCUAAGGAAACUGGGUUUCAGAUUUCUCGUCUUGUGGGAAGCUUGGGUUUCAGAUUUCAUUUUUUAUGGGGUCGAAAAUUUUGUGUAGAGUUUGAUUGA